AGACGAAGCCCAUUGCCACAGCCUGUACCCGUGGGCGCCGAAGUCCGAAACCGCUGCCUCGGCGGCCGCUGCCUCUUCCUUUACGGAGCAGAAAAAAAUGCAGAAGGAAGGCGUAUCCAGAAGAAAAAUCACUGCCCCAAACACUUCCCAGAAAAGUUCUUGUCAUGCAAAUCUACGUGCCGAAAAUUAUGUUUCUCAUGCGCAGCUGGAGCCCCAACAUGAGAGGCGCUUUCUCUUCGUGUUUUGCAAUUUGUCAUGCUUGAGUCAAACGAUAAGCAGCUCAAUCUGUGAUGCUGCUGCACCAGCUAGACACAACUACAGUAGGAUCCCAAUAAACUUGUCAUGCGCAUCAAGAGGCAAAAGUUGCUGAUUUAUUGUCUACAAGAUUUUUUAUCUUGGCAACCCCGGGAUUGUGUCGUGGGCCCCCGUUUUUUCUCAGGAUGAGGUUGCAGCGGUGAAACCAAAGCCUCGUCCUCUCACACCGGCGUCACUGUGGGCACCGAGCACGCGACGCUUUCUGCCGAAAAAUGCGAGGCGGGCGAGAUUCUGGCCUGCUGCAACACGCUCUGCGACGCGGCGAACCCUGAGCUGUUUAAGUCCGAAAAUUUUGAAGCCGUGUGCAACCGGGACUGCGCGUACUGCUACAAGAAAGACGAAGCCCAUUGCCACAGCCUGUACCCGUGGGCGCCGAAGUCCGAAACCGCUGCCUCGGCGGCCGCUGCGGCCGCUUCGUCCUUUGCGGAACAAAAAUCCAGCUCCGUCAUUCUCUAAGUGGUCGAGAAACAAAACGGUGUUCUAUUGCAGCAAACCUGCAGACUAGAAACGCCAGUCAUGUUCUUACUAUGAAUUUAUUUCGAAAUCACUAUCACCGCAACAAAGUAGAAGUACUAAGUAGCUAACUGUUUCAGAUUCAGAAAAAAACCAAAAUUUUGUUCACAAAAAUCAGUAUCUUCGCGUACUAGCACGACUAUUCGUAUUUUUUUAGAAAUAAUGCAUUCUCAUCGCCCGUGGCCUUUUUUCAUGUACAUUAAUACUAAAUUUUUCUCGAAAUGAAUUUCAGCGAGGACGAGGCGGAGGUGGAGCCAGUGUCCUUUAUUAGACCGAAAGAGAACUACAUCAAAACCACACCGACCGACAUCAUCUUGUUAACGUAAACUAAAGUAAAAAGUAUAUAUUUUUUAUCAGACGUAUCCCGCAAUAAACGCAAACGCCAGCAAGUGAACUUUAUUCAGUAGUAAGUGUCCUCGUAUUAAUAUUAAGCGUAACUAUAGACCCAAGAAACAAGCGUAUUUUAUCACUAUGUAAUCUAGAAUUUUCUCGCACGACGAACAGCGUAUCUAUUCCGGAAGACUAUAAGUAUGCAACACCAACAAGACUUUUCCAGCAAUUGCAACUGUACUACUAGCAUUAUGCGUAUCCCGCAGCCGCAGCAGAAGUAAAAGUAGAAGUCAAAGUACUAGAAAGUAUCAUCCCGCCGAAAAUUUUUGCUAGUUGUAGUUUCUCUCAGCCAUCAGUCGACGUCCUAUGCUGCGUACCCCGCAGCAGAACUGGACGUCGAGUGAUGGUCCUCAAAUCCUCACUGGAAGAUUGUCAGAAAGAGCCCAACAAGCCGAAGCCUUUGCCAGAAAGAACCAUCGCUGAAUGAAGAUCAUGUCGUGAAGAUGAAGCUACAACAAGGCACCAAACUCGCGCUACUAGUACCAUUUGUGCGAUGUAGUUGUAGGUCGUAUUUCUAGUCGUGUCAACAUCGAAGAAGAUGACAACAACAACACGAGGGAAGUAGAUGAUCGUGAUGUUAAUUGUUGCACAAUGCGCCGCAUCAGAAAGUACCUUAAUAACCUUUGCAGCUACUACGAGGACCACGACAUCACUUCAUCGAAAACAAAGCUGGUGCUCAAGAAGAACUUCUGACUCCGAAGAUCCUUAUCUUCAUCUUCCAACCCUACUAGUUUCACCACCAUUAAGUAUG